GCGUGUCCCACAAUUCCGAGCGCCGGGCUGUGUGUUAAAAUGGCUGCAGAGAGACGUGGUGAGGUUCGGGUUGCGGGGAUGGAGGAGAAUAAGGAAAACAAGCAGCCCGACGAGGGCCUGGGACUCGAGAUAUUGCAGAUCAUCAAGGAAUCCCAGCAGCAGCAUGGUCUGAGACACGGGGACUAUCAGAGAUACAGGGGAUACUGCUCCCGACGCCUCAGACGUCUCCGCAAGACCCUCGGCUUCAAGAUGGGGAACCGGCACAAAUUCACCGGCAAGAAAGUGACUCCGGAGAUGCUGUCUGACAGCAGGUACCUGCUGCUGGUGCUGAUGAGCGCGGAGCGAGCCUGGAGCUACUCCAUGCAGCUGAAGCAGGAGGCAAACACAGAGCCACGCAAACGCUUCCACCUGCUGUCCCGACUGCGCAAGGCAGCCAAGCACGGGGAGGAGCUGGAGAGGCUGUGCGAGAGCCACCGCGUGGACGCCAAGACCAAGCUGGAGGCACAGGCCUACCAUUCAUACCUGACAGGAAUGCUGCGCUUUGAGUUGCAGGAGUGGAAAGCUGCAAUGGAAGCCUUCAAUAAGUGCAAGACGAUCUACGAGAAGCUGGCCAGUGCUUUCACCGAGGAGCUGGCUGUCCUGUACCAUCAGCGCGUGGAGGAGAUCUCCCCCAACAUCCGCUACUGCGCCUACAACAUCGGGGACCAGAAUGCCAUGAACGAGCUGAUUCAGAUGAGGCUGAGUGCCGGAGGAGGAGGGCGGAUGAUGGCAGAGAAGCUGGAGGCUCUCAUCACUCAGACCCGCGCCAAGCAGGCAGCCACCAUGAGCGAAGUGGAGUGGAGGGGCCGCACCAUCCCUGUGAAGAUCGAUAAAGUGAGGAUCUUCCUGCUUGGACUGGCUGACAACGAGGCUGCCAUCGCACAGGCUGCCAGCGAGGAGACGAAGGAGCGUCUGUACGAGUCUUUGCUCAGCGAGAGCCGCGACGCCAUCCAGGCCGUGCGCGAGGAGCUCAAGGCAGACGCGAAACAGCGUGAUCGAGCUCUGGAUGGAGAGACCGGCAAAGUCUCCAACCUGCAGUACCUGCACAGCUACCUGACCUACAUCAAGCUGUGGACGGUGGUGAAACGCAACGAGAGCAUGGCCCGGGUGCUGCAGGCCAAGCUGAAGGAGCCGCAGCCAGACGAGAGCAAGAGGGGCCCCCGGCCGCAGGACCUCAUCCGGCUCUAUGACAUCAUCCUGCAGAGCCUGGCAGAGCUGCCCCAGCUGCUGGGCAUGGAGGAUGAUCACAGCUUCCAGAAGGAGGUGGCCCUCAAGACUCUGGUUUACAAGGCAUACAGGUGUUUCUUCAUCGCUCAGUCCUAUGUUCUUGUGAAGAAGUGGAGUGAGGCCCUGGUGCUGUACCAGAGGGUCCUCAAGUACGCCAAGGAGGUCCAGGUGCAGGCCAAGUCCUGCAACAGCAGCCUGAAGGACCUUCCUGAUGUUCAGGAGCUGAUCACUGAGGUCAAUGCUGAGACGUACUCCUUGCAGGCAGCUGCUAUUCUGGAUACGGAGGACUCGGCCGAGACUCCCUCACAAUCGCAGGAGAUCAAAGACAACAAGCCUCUCUCUGACCGAUUGGAAGCCUUCCACCUUGACCCUUCCCUCGUGGGGAAGCAGCCCAAUCUGGUGACGUUCCCUCCGGAGUUCCAGCCAAUCCCAUGCAAGCCUCUGUUCUUUGACCUGGCGCUGAACCACGUGGCCUUCCCGCCUCUCGACGACAAGGUGGAACAGAAGGGCAAGGGCGGGCUGACCGGCUACAUCAAGGGCAUCUUUGGCUUCGGCAGUUAAUCUGUGCCCAGGCUUCGCUGUGGGGCCUGUGCCAGGGACAUGGGUUCGUGGAGGUCCAGCUCCAGUCAAACCCCGUCAGCAUUUUAUGUUUCUUCUUCUUUUUUUGUAACUAACCUAGACCUGAAUUGCUGCAUAAGCAUCUAGAACCCCCCAAAACGUGAGGUUGCAGUCUAGAACUUAACCCAGAUCUUGGGUUAAGGAUUCUAGAGUGUAGAACCCUGAGAUUUGAGAUUCUUGAGGCAAUCCAGACCUCUUGUUGUGUUCUAGAGCUGAUGCAGAACCGGGAAAGGAUCUAGGUUAGUGUACUAGGGUAUCUUAAAUAUAAUUUUAAUUCUUAAGCGCCUUCAGGAUCCAAUGUUCCAUGUUGAAUUGCCUGGCUGGGCAACAGUCUCUACUCCCCCGUUUUAAUGUUGAGUACCUGUCAUUGGGGUUCUAAAGCAUUCUUUGCUACACAUUGUAACCUCAGCCUGCUUAUUUGCUGCCUCAUUCCAGUCCAGUGCCUGCAUGUAGUCUGUACUGGGAUAGCUUGAGCACGUCAGCAAGCUGUUUCAGCUAGCGUGAGCACAGUGAGAGCAGCCCUGCUGGUUCAGUUCAGUACAGUGCUUUCCAAUGCAAGACUGUGUCUCUCUGUGCUCUCCCCGUUCAAUAGGAUCACACACUACAGACAAGAGCAAGACUGCUGCAGUGGUUUAACAAGUAAUCCUAACCCACUGCUCCUUGCUUGGUUGUGUGAAGGUGCUAAGAUCCUAACCCACUGCUCCUUGCUUGGUUGUGUGAAGGUGCUAAGAUCCUAACCCACUGCUCCUUGCUUGGUUGUGUGAAGGUGCUAAGAUCCUAACCCACUGCUCCUUGCUUGGUUGUGUGAAGGUGCUAAGCACGAUAUCACUCAAUAAUUAGAAUGUGUUUAUCAUGACCCUGCUUGGGUGACUGCUGCCUUCAUUAAGGAAUGGUUUCGCAGGACUGGUAUGUAAAGAUUUGCUCUUUUCUGAUUGAAACUCCUCCCAGGUUAAGGUAAUUGGCUUUCAUGGCACGCCCUGCUCUUUCCAGCAGUGCAGUUCCUCUUGUCUCCUUACAGUUGUCCGAACCACUGCUGUAUGUUAUAAAAAUGCCAUUUGUACAUCCACAGAUGCAUUUCAUAGAUUAUGCUGUUUAUCUUGUAGCGUGUGUUUAAAAACAAAAAACGCUUUUGCACAACUCCAAUGUUUCUCCAUCUCUGUGUGUUCAGAUUAGCAGAGACUGGCCCAGUCUAAAGCACCUUUGUGAAGGAGCUGAUAGAGGGGUAGCCCUUCUGAAUGUUCUGUGGCUUCCCUAUCUGAGUGAGGGAUGAGAGCAGGAUUCCUUCAAACUUCCACUGUUAUGCAAGCAGAGUCUGGGGGGCAGGCACCUGUGAUUGCAGAGUCAAUGAGUGGGAGGGGGGCUCUGUGAUUGCAGAG